UACACACACAAUUUGGAGACUUUAAUAAAUGGGGGCCGUGUUGAGCUUUCAGUUGCUCUAUCAACUUCGGAUUGUCAAACAAAGAGGGAUAUAUCACCGACGUUGCCAUCAUGGUUCCCCCGACACGCGCACUUACAAUUUGCGUGAUUUUCCUCUUCAGGCUAGAGAAAACGGCUUUCUCCCAGCACGGAUAUUGCGCCCAGAAUAAAUGUUUUGCAUAUUUCCUGGAGCCCAGAGAUUCCUCAGGCGCACAGAAAAGCUGCAAAGACAAGGACGGACAGUUACUCAUGUACAGCUCGGCAAACAAAACAAUAUUGAGCAGUUUGGUCGGUGGGCUCAGCGGCAGAUACUGGCUGGAAGUGUCCAGCUCCAGCGAGAAAGUAGAGGAAGCACCUUUCCAAAAGUGUUCCUCCAUCUUCGUUUCGAUGGGUCGGGACCUCGAGGUACAGUGGGAGCCGUGCCGAGAAACACUCGACGGGUUUCUGUGUGAAUAUGCCUUCAGUGAGCAUUGUGGUGGCUUGCGGACGGGCGGAGGUGUGCAGAUUACAUACGGAUCGCAUACUGGCUUUGAGGUUAAAGAUUCUGAAACAUUUCCAGAAGGAACCAUUGCUGUAGCUAAAAAGGUUGGCGGUAAAUUUCUCGACUCCAGGCAUGUGUGUUUUUCAGGCGGAUGGAUGCAAGCUCCCUGGGGAUGUGAGGUGAUGAAGGGCGGGUGUGACUACACAUGCGAUUCUACAACACACACCUGCGUCUGUCCCGCAGGGCAAAGUCUCCUUUCUAACAACAUCUCCUGCCCCACGGACCCGUGCGCUGACUGUGCGCAUGAGUGCCACAAGGAUGGCGACACUUCUGUGUGCAAGUGCCGCGAAGGCUACAGGCUUGCGCCAGACAAUAAAACCUGUGUGGACGUGUUGGAGUGUACAGAGAAGAACCCUUGCACAGGUGAGCAUAUGGAGUGUGAGGAGUUCAAGUGCAGGUGCAAAUAUGACUUCGUUGAGGAGGCCGGCGUGUGCGUGGACGUUUCAAUUUGUACCAAGUGUGAGCAUUACUGUGAAAUUGACAGUGGGGUGUACCAGUGUCAGUGCAAGAAGGGGUUCAGGGUGUCAACUGAAGACCCCACAAAGUGUGAACAGGACUGCACUCAGAGAGAGUGUCUAGCCUAUUGCACCCCAAACCCUGACAAUAUGAGUGACAUGUGGUGCCGCUGCCCAUUUGGUUAUGUCAAAGAUAUGAUAAACAACACAGCAUAUUGCACUGACAUAAACGAGUGUAUGAAUGAGAGACAGUGUGAUCAUAAGUGUGCAAAUACAUUUGGUAGUUUCAGAUGUUCGUGUGACCAGGGGUUCCAGCUGUACAAGGAAUACAGGUGUAUUCUCAUUGAGCAGGAUGAGCAGGAUGGGGAGGAUGGCGGAUCAGGCUUCACCCCCUUUAUCCCCACUCCCGCCAGCGCGCAACCAGCCCCAGUUCCCUCUUACAUCAAGACUGGCAGCGUCCUUGGUAUAACAGUGUUCAUGGCGCUGUUUGGAGUGCUGCUGUAUUUCUUGGUCAGACACAUCGUCAAACGCUGUGGACACUUUCAACUUUCCUCUAUCAAACAUCGUGACAUUGAUAUUUUCUACUUGCAGCAGGUGACCACAGGGACGUAUAAGAGGUUAUCUUUUGACAGACAAUUGUAAAACGAUUCGGAGAUCAUUUAAACUACGUAUUUUAAAUGAUCUGCUUUUUGAACCCUUCUUACUCAUGUCACAUUGUGCUGUUUUCUUUCCUCAGAGAUGUCACCACAGUGUUUUACUUUUUCGAAGUUAUUUAUAGGCAAUGGGAAACUGUUAAAAGCUGCUAUCAAUCACAUUCUGUCAUAGUCUAAUGUCGUGAAUGUACAUACAAGUAAUAUUGGGUCUUUAAAAGAAAAACACUUUCUGAACAUGUUGAUUUUCAAUUAUAUUUGUUGUUUAUUCGCUUAGAGGUAUACCAACUCAUUUUUAAUUUGACCAGUGUAUUAAUGAUAAACAAAAAAAGAUUCUUGUACAUGGAAAAAGUCUGAUAGCAAUGGUACAUAACAAAAGUGUGGUCACUUUUUCUAAUUAAAGCACUUUUCUUUUUUUAAAUGCAUUAUAAAUAGAGCAAUAUUAACCGUAAUGAUCCUGCUCAGCUACAGCAGCUGGACUGUACGGAGUUCUUUUACCUAAAAAGGAAAAGUGAAUUUGCCCUGAUGGUUGAGAUGGUUGACACUUUCAUUUCUUAUGUCCUUCCAAAGAUUAAUUAGAGGCUAUAACAUACUUGGAAAAUAACAAAAAAAGCACUUAUAGUGCAAAGAAAGCAGACCACAUCAAAUACACACUAUUUGCUAUUGAUCUUCAGUUACACAGGCUCAAUGGCUCAAAUGUUUGCUCUUAAAAAAUGUUACAUUGUUUAUUAGGAUUUAUGUGAUUUUAAGAGAGUACACAGUGUCUCAUUUUGAGGCACACCAGGUUCUGUUUUGGGAUGUAGUUUGUUACCAGACCAUGUCCUGGGGACUACGACUCAUUUAAGCUAUGCGGUUUUAAACCAGAUUUCAAAUUCAUAUGUCUGACAGGUUCCUUUCUAGAAUCCGAAAUCCAUAUUUGAAAUGUCCAGUGUGUGAUUUCUUUGGUAAAGUCAUGGAUAGACUGGGAAGACUCUGAAACAAAAAAGGUUGCAGUCCAGUUAGUUUCAGGAAACCAGAAUAUUAUAAGUGUAAUGAUGCUCAAUGUUUCUAUAUUCACUUCAUAAUCUUGAGGUGCUACAAUACUCUGAUUGUAAACUGACAUCACAAAAGUGUGUGAGGAUGAAUGUUCUUUAUUUUACUGUAUAACAGACUGCUCCCACAGAUGCUGUGCUGCUGAAUUCAAAAGGUCACUAACUAAAGUCAACAUAUUUGCACCUUAUCCUGAUAUGCUAAACUGCUACCUGUCUACACAAUGAGCUUGUUAGUUUGUUCUAGUGUCUGAUGUUUGUUGAAUCUGUCACUACUGAAUGACCAUUUUAAGGGCUAACAUUUCCUAAGCUGGCUCUUAUCUUUAACUGUACACAGCUGGUAACUUUAAAUCCAAAACUACUGUUUUUAUGUGAUGUCAGAUAUUGAGCUAACACUCCACAGAAAUGUGUAGUAAGUGCAACACUGGAAUACAUUUACUACAAAUUGCAGAGACAAUAAGGUCUUCAAUAGGGUUUGAUGCUCUCUGUCUCAAGAAUUAAAGCAAUCAUUCAAAAUAAAAUAGGAGAUAUAGAAGGAGACAAAAUGAACACUGUUAUUACUCUAUCAAUAAAUAUUGUAUUGUUUGCACAGUGUCCUUUUUCUGCAUGCUGAAUUUCAUACUGUACAAUUGUUUCUUGGCAAUAGCUGAAGUUUAAGGGACUGGAGUCGAAGUUGCAGAAAAUGUUAAAAGUUCACAUAAACCACAA